AUGUUGAGAGGUGGUUUCACUAAUUUUAGGCCAUUGUGUCAACAGUCAACACUACGUUCAAUCAGAACCCCAACCCCACUGCUCAAGAGAUGCAUAAACAAUUCAUCAAAACCAGAUCCAGAUAGAGGUCCAAGAUUCCGUAACUUCAUAGCUCUUGGUAUCAUCUCAUAUGUCAUUCUUGCACAAGUUGUUGAAGCUGUGAAUAAGGAGAACCCUCGUAACAAAAGUAUGAGUGAAUCUGAAUAUUUCAAACAACAAAUGAAGUUGAAGCGUAGAAAAGCUAUCUUUACACAAGAUGAAAAGAGUGUUUGGUUUUUGAAAAGUGAUGAUCCUGAGAAACUUAAAAGCUUGAAAAUUGAUGGUUUUGAAAUAUUGGAUCCUAAUGUGUUGUUGGAGAAGGAAAAACAGGAUAAAGAUUCAUUGUAUUAUGCGUUAUUGAAUGAUGCUGAAUAUAAAACAUUACCAACUGGGUUACUUGUUGAUUUGAUUUCCAAACAAUUGAAAGCUUCUGAUUCAAAAAAAUUCAUUGUUAUAAAUUAUCCAUCUGAUAUUAAAGAAAGUGUGAAAUUUGAAGAAAAAGUUGUUACUGUGAAGAAGUUAAUCCAUUUGAAAUCAAGUCAAGAUAAGGGCGAUGAUGAUGACGAUGUCGUCAAAUAUUACAAAACUGUUAACAAAGUGGAUGAGAUAAAAUCCGACAAAGAUAUUACCAAACUACUGGAGUAA